AUGACUACUGAAUUACUUGAUAGUUCACCUGAAGUUAAGGAAGAUGUUUCCGUUCCAGUCCAACCAAUCACUUCUUUGAAAGAAGUCGUUAUAGAAGAAGGUGAGCCAUUACCUAGUCCCGCAGAAUUAGCUCAAUACAUGCCAGCUUUACCAAUAGAUAAAAUCCAAAUGAUUGCUAGAAAUGACCCAAACUAUGUUGAACUCACCGAUGAUGCGUUUGGUGCCACGGCAUUUGCUACAGAAUUCUUUGUUAAAACUUUGACUAGCGAGGCCCUGAAAUUGUCAGAAUACAGAUCAAGAAGUAAUUCACAAACAUUAGAAUUAGGAUACGAUGAUGUCGCAGAUCUUGUCUCGAUGCAGAAGGUUUAUGCAUUUUUACGUGAAACAAUACCUAGAACGAAAUAUUUAGGGGACUUGGUCAAAGAGAAUAAAGUUAGAUAUACGACUGUGGUACCCGCACAACAACAGCGCCAGCAGCAGCAGGAGACAGUACAUCAAUCAGAACUGGGACAACAACCACAAGCAGCAACUAAUGAGAUCAUAGAAAUAGAUAGCAGCGAUGAAGAGUAA